AUGAAGUUUUCCUCAUUGGCGGCCGCUACGGCCUUGGUUGCCGGCUCCGUCGUCGCUGCUGACCUCGAUCCUAUCGUCAUCAAGGGAAGCAAGUUCUUCUACAAGUCAAAUGGCACCGAGUUCUUCAUGAAGGGUAUCGCUUAUCAACAGGAAUUCUCAACCAAUGGAAGCACUAGCGCCGACAACAGCUACCAGGACCCCCUUGCAGACGUAAAGUCCUGCCAGCGUGAUGUCCCCCUAAUGCAGGAGCUGCAAACCAACACCAUCCGUGUGUACGCCAUCGACCCCAAGAAGGACCACAAAGAGUGCAUGAAGUUGCUCCAGGAUGCUGGCAUCUACGUUGUGGCCGAUCUUUCUGAACCCAGCACUUCCAUCAUCCGCGAUGACCCCAAGUGGGAUGAUGACCUGUAUACCCGCUACACCUCAGUCAUUGACGAGCUGGCCAAAUACACUAAUGUUAUUGGUUUCUUUGCCGGUAACGAGGUCUCCAACAAUAGCACCAACACCGAUGCUAGUGCUUUCGUUAAGGCUGCCGUCCGUGAUAUGAAGGCCUACAUUAAGCAGAAGAACUACCGUCCAAUGGGUGUUGGCUAUGCAACCAAUGACGACGCCGAGAUCCGCAAAGACAUGACCGCCUACUUCAACUGCAAUAUGAAUGAGGAAUCCAUUGACUUCUGGGGCUACAACAUCUACUCUUGGUGUGGUGACUCCUCUUACACUAAAUCUGGUUAUGAUAAGGUCGUCGAGGAGUUCAAGAACUUCAACGUCCCAGUCUUCUUCGCCGAGUACGGCUGCAACGAGGUUCAGCCAAGAAUGUUCACCGAGGUCCAGGCACUUUACGGUGACAAGAUGACUCCCGUUGUCAGUGGUGGAAUCGUGUACAUGUACUUCCAGGAAGAAAAUGACUACGGCCUCGUCAAGGUUGAGGGUGGUAAGCCUAAGAAACUCCCUGACUACAACAACCUUAAGAAGCAGAUUAGCAAGAUCAAGCCCUCUGGUGUCCAGAUGGAUUCUUACAAGCCAACCAACACCGCUCUCAGCACCUGUCCCACGAGCUCUACCUGGAAGGCCAGCGUGAAACUCCCACCAUCCCCUAACAAGGAUCUCUGCUCCUGCAUGGUCAAGAGCUUGAGCUGCGUCGCCAAACCCUCCGUCACCGGCAAGGAACUUGGCAAGCUCUUCGGAACUGUCUGUGGUAGUGAUAAGGAUGCUUGCAAGGGAAUCACGGCUGAUGCUACCACCGGUACCUAUGGUGCUUACAGCAUGUGCAGCCCCUCAGAGAAGCUUUCUUUCGCUUUCGACCAGUACUACAAGCACCAGUCGGCCAAGGGCAAUGGAGCCAACGCCUGUGACUUCAACGGCGCUGCUACCACGCAGAAGUCUGAGAAGCCGUCUGGCAGCUGUGCUAAUCUCGUCAACCAGGCUGGCCAGGAUGGUACCGGAAGUGUUACCUCUGCUCCCGGAAGCGGCACCAACAAACCUGACCAAGGUGCUGCUUCCACCGUCUCUGCCCCAUCCGUCAACUUGGGCAUUGUCAAGCUCGGUGCUUAUGUCUUCUGUGCCGUUCUUGCUGGCGCUGGUAUGAUCUUGAUAUAA